AUGUGCUUUGGAGCGGACCAAAAGCGUCAAAGUGCAGAUCCAGCCAAACAUAUCCUGUCAGAAUACCGGAAGACUGCCAUUUACCGAAUCCCCAAAAAGGGUUCCCUUUUUGGCGUAGUGGUUACAAAGUCUUACAUAUCCUCUCAAGCGCAAUAUUCCUAUUCGCGAUUAACCCGAAGCGGCUCUCAGCCAGCCAAAGUGCACAAACCAAAACUGAGCCUGAACACAUUGACCAGAAAUAGUGGCAAGAAGCUUGCGGAGGAGCAGGGCCAGCAGCAGGAGUACCAGCUAGGGGGAGGGGAGUUGGAUCGUUCGACCCAGGUUACGCGGAGGGCGUCGAAGAAGCGGCAGAUGAGGUCACUCCCAACACGGCCAUCAUACUACUACUACAAAGCAUCACAGACCUAG